GAUACGCUAUUUGGGAGCCCCUAAAACACAACUCUUACAGACUAAUUGUUUUUCGUUUGUGAUGGAUAUGGUGGGUGGAUCCACCGAUGUCUCUGGAUCAGAAAACAAGGUCUACACGUGACUUAUCCAGGAGGGAAAGCCAAGAUAUCAUCUAGUUGGAAUCCAAGCUGUUCAGCACGCUUCUGCAAAUGCUGGUGGGCUUGCUGCUGAUAGGCGUGGCGGCCUGGGGGAAAGGCUUCGGCAUCGUCUCCAGCAUCCACAUCAUCGGAGGGGUGAUUGCUGUCGGGGUGUUCCUGCUUCUGAUCUCCAUCGUGGGGCUCAUCGGAGCCAUCAACCACCACCAAGUCCUGCUGUUCUUUUACAUGGUCAUUCUGUUCCUCGUCUUCAUCAUUCAGUUUGGGGUGUCCUGCUCUUGCCUGGCCAUCAACCGGGGCCAACAGGAACAGCUCCUGAACACCUCCUGGGGUCAUCUGAGCAACCAAACGCGCAUGGAGCUGGAGACGAGGCUGGACUGCUGUGGGCUACUCAACGACACACUGAGCAUGGUCCAGUUCCGGAUGGACUUUGCAAACUGCGCCGCGCUUUGUAAAGCAAAGAACCAGUGUUACACUUGCGGGGAUAAAAUGCUGCAGCAUUCACAGGAAGCUCUCCAGAUCCUGGGAGGGGUGGGGCUCUUCUUCAGUUUUACCGAGAUCCUGGGAGUCUGGCUAGCUGUGCGCUACAGGAAUCAGAAGGACCCACGAGCGAACCCCAGUGCCUUCCUGUAGACUCCCCCCCACCCCCCCAAUCGCACACACACACACACGCAGACACACACAGACAAACAAACAUUCUCGUCCCAUCUCCUCCCUGUAGCUGCUCACACCCUACCUACGGAUCAAAAUGACACACCCACUGAGCCAGCAAGCACUAAAUGAAUUAAUGUCAGAAACCAAACCCAGCCAUGUGCGUUCACUAAUGCAUGAUGGAAUGGACUCCUUGCUGGCAUUCCUCCAAGGAGACUGGCAGUGUCUCUUUCCAGGAGUGUCCCUUUGCAAUGCGCCAUUCUUGAUGUGAAGUUUUUAUAUAUAAUGUAUAGAUGUGUGUGUGUGCAUGUACAGAUACAGUGUGGCUUAAACAGAACUUGAGGCUUGAAAAGAUAAGUAGAUUGGAACGCAAAACAGGCAAGGGCGGGGUAUCCUCGAACUCAACAGAAAUAAGAUUUGUAUAAAGGCGUCUUGUAGUUUUUUUGGAAAAUAGUUGUGUUUUGUUUCAUAUAGAAUAUAGUCUUUCCCAUUGACAGCCUAUUUUUUUUUUAAAUAGUGGCAGCCUACAUAGUUAAGUUGCCGUUACCUGGUUAGAGCGAUGCAUAAUGUGGUUUUGGAAGUGUUAAAUAUUCAAUUGAACUUAAGUUGUAGUUGCAGCUUCAAUACAGUGUUUCAUAUUGUUACAGUCAGCCCUAAAACUGAAUUUGGGAGAUUUAUAGUGGAUACACCAUGAACGUUCACAUUCGUAGAGCGCUGUAGUUUUUCCAUGAAUGAGGAUAGCUGAAAAACUCGAAAGUGGUCAAGCAGGUUGCGUACAGCUCUCCUAAUGAGUGGAAUAACCACAGGACUGUAAAGAGUGUUCUGUUGAUAUAACAAGGAGAAUAGAAAAGAAAGCAUGUUUUAAACCUAGCUGGAUUCAGAGAGUUACAUGGCAUGAGUCAACCUCUGCAUCUGCUUAGAAACGCAGCGUAAUUUGGAACGGCACGAUUCUCCCUGUGGUUCUGUUGUAAUUUGGAACGGCGCGAUUCUCCCUGUGGUUCUGUUGUAAUUUGGAACGGCACGAUUCUCCCUGUGGUUCUGUUGUAAUUUGGAACGGCACGAUUCUCCCUGUGGUUCUGUUGUAAUUUGGAACGGCACGAUUCUCCCUGUGGUUCUGUUGUAAUUUGGAACGGCACGAUUCUCCCUGUGGUUCUGUUGUAAUUUGGAACGGCACGAUUCUCCCUGUGGUUCUGUUGUUGGAUUUUAAUGAAUGCAAGAUUCCAAAAUAGGGAUGGGGGUCACUCUGCACCGCCGAAUAUGAAAGUCAUUUGAUGCUAGAUCCCUGGAGGCUUGUUUCGGGGUGUCAGAAUGAUGGUCCACUCCGUCCUGUUCCAGGUUGAAACAGCACUUGAGGCAGGGCUCUGCGUUUCUGUAUGUAUCUAGCGCUGGGUGGGGAGACAGUCGCAAGGUGCAACGUGGAAAGAGCUUGGGGAUGUCGGUGAUAAUCUGACUGGAGCCAAAUAAAAAAUGUUAUUAUGAAUUCUCAGCUGGUGGUUCCUCAGAAAAGCCUGAAGGUGGUUAGCCAAUUGAACCGUGACGUGCAUCAUAUGUUGCAAUCUAGUUUAAAUGCAAGGCAUGCGAGUGAAGUCUCUUUGUGCUAAAUCUGGCUGUGUGGGCCAGCCUUAAGGACCAAGUGGCAUGCAUUUAGUAUAUCGGAAUGAUAGUGAAGCAAAAUGUAAAAUACACAUUAUAUCUAAUAGAAAAAUGUCGCUGCCAAAAUACAGGGAUGACUCACGACGCCUUGAAAUGUGCAGUUGGAGUAGUGGUAUAAUAUUAGCAAUUGUUGUGGUGUGUUGAGGUGGGGGUUUAGCGGGGGGUUAAAAAACAUCCCUGUUUUUAAAGGACUUCAAGUAAAUGUGAUUUAUUAUUGUUGUUUUGCCAAAUGAUGGACGGGCUUGUGUGUUAAAAUAGAUUUGUUUUGUUAAUAUUUUUAUAGGGUUUUGUUUUUGGUAAUUCUCGGAUUUAUGCUUUUGUUCAAUGUUGCCAUACACACGUGUUGUUAUAAACUGCCUAGGGUUUGUCCCCAAAUUGUCUGCCAAUCAUAGGUGUAGUCCAUUUGGCGUGUCUCAACCACACGAGAUAUAUGAAGACAAAAUAACUGUACAAACAAGACAAGCAUUUUUUUUUUACAGAUUUCUAAAUAGAAUUGAUAAAGCUUUUAGGGUUUAUGCUUGUCCUGCUAAUUGCAUGGAGCACUGUACCUUUCACAUUUAAAUAACCUUCUUAAGAUUUAGAGUAGGGAUGUACAAGCCCAGUGCUGCAGGACUUCUAGGUAUCGUUAAAUAAGUAAUUAUGAAAUUUAGGGUGCAGGAGCGGAAUUCUGCACCCCUGGAUUAUGUUCCCACGACUUCUAUAAUGUGUGAAAGCAUGAUUUUAAAGUGAAUGGCAAUCAGGGUGAGGAUGGACAUUAUUUUCGGUUGCCUGGGUAUGGUAAUUGACACUUGUUCCACUGCUACAUGUGAUGGGAUCCAUCACAGAAUAAUGCGUGUGCCGACUCAAAACUCCUGCCCUAAUGAAGUUCUGAUAUUUUCCAACUUUCCAGUUUCUGGGAAAUGUGAAUUGCCAAUAUGUGGUUCUCAAAAGCCCUCUUUCCAUUUGUAGUGCUUUGCUUUGGGUAGCACUGACUAGUGCAUUAGUUCCCUUCUCCGCAGACCCAUGAACACCUGCAUUGGACUGCUAAGGUAACGUUAGGUAGUGAUAAUCUAUUGAAGAGAAUCAGUUUCAAUAUUACGUAGGUUUCUUAAAAAAAAAAAAAAAACAAAAACAGCAGUACAACUUUCAUGGUGUUCCCUUAACCCUAGGGGUGUGCCUUCCCUUUUUGAUUUGACUGCAGAUUGAAGUCAAAUCAAUUUAAAAUGAUUAAAUAAAAUAAAAAAAUAAAUUGCUGGAUGUGUAGUGCUUGCUUAUAAAGGAAAGUCACAACCAGCGCUUUUAAAAAAAGGUUGUGUUUUUCCUUUGAUCCUACCACCAUAGCAUUUCAUGUUAGAACCCAGAUUUGACCUUUUUCCUGUAAGAUUGCAAGCAAGUUUUAAGCCAACUGGGGCAGAAACUGUUUUUAAAGGCUCUGUUCAUUCCUCUUUUGAUAAUGCACUGCAAGUCUUUUUUAUAAAUACGCUCCGCAGUUCUCCAGCCUAUCCAGUGCUCACGAGGAGAGCCCAAGAGACACGGUCAACUGUCCAGACUAACUUAAAUAAGCAACCUGGAAUGCCAUUGUCAUCCUGUAAACCGUUCAAACGUUUCCCUGUGAACGAAUCUGAAGCAAACAACUCCAACUGGAGCUGGCGUGGGGGAGGAAGUUCUCCCGUUCUGCUUUCUGUUUCAAGCCUAGUCCGGCAGACUGGUUGUCCCCCAAUAGACGUGAUCUGUGUGUUUUUGAGGAUUUAGCUGGACUCUUUUUUUUGUGUGCGGUUGAAAGACCUAAAUAUCAGAACCUUUUUCUCCUGACUCCCCCAUCUCGCCCAAUUAGACUAGUCUCAUAGGAUGCAAAGUGGUUUAAUGUUUUACACUGAAAGAACCUUAAUGUAAAUAAAAUUUAAGAAAAUAA